AUGAAUGAUGAAAAUGAUGCACCAAUCCGAACAGUAUAUCGCUUAAUCAAAGAAUCACAAGCUAUUGAUAACUAUUGGGUAAUAGAACACAGUCUCUUAGAUCUAAACAAAUCUGGAGUUGUUUCUAGUGAUUUCGGGCACUUCAAUUGCAUACUUUAUCCGAAGCUAAAAUUAAACGGUGUCUCAUUUAAACUCGAAUUAAUUGUCACAGGAAACUCUCUUCCCACAGUUAGAUUCGAAAAACCAUUAUUCCACCCAUAUGUCGAUGAAAAUAGAUACUUGUGCCUUCCUUUAACAAGUAAUUGCAAACUCGAUAUUCAAAAAGAUCCUCUGAAAGACAUUUUAGAAUACAUUCGAAGAGUUUUUAUUCUACAAGAAAGAUCUGAAAAGGAUGAGUGCUACAACGCUACUGCUCUAAAGGAAUAUAACGAAGAUCAGGACAAAUUCUUUGCAAAACUUUCAGAACAAGGUUCUUCAUUUUAA